AAAAAAAAACUGUCCAACCCCUCUGAAGAUUUCCUGUUUCAUGAAAGUGCACAUACUGUGUGAGUCAUAUAGGGCAAGUCCUGCCUGGUGUGUUUACUCUGCUGCUUCUACCCGGAGCUGUGAAGGCGUUUUUUUGGAGGGGGUGGUGGAAGCAACAGGCGGACCGAAGAGAGUCGGCGUACUCUGGAUAUUAACCCCGGUGUCAAGGCUUCGCUUAAUUAAUGAUAAAGAGGGGAGUGUAUAGUCCGUCUCUAAAUGGAGCUUCUUCGGUUUUCCGCUUUUUGGUGUGGAGCGAUACUCUUUGGUAGUAUUCAGCUCGAGGAGGCGGGAGCCAAACAAAUAAAGCCAAGAAGGCUGUGCAAGUUCUGUGAUGUGCGGGCCACCAGCUGCACAAGUAAAGGGAGCUGCAAGGCCGAGUGUGAAAUCACCUCCAUCUGCCCCAACGACGAAGAUGUGUGUGUCAGUGUCUGGAGGAACAAAGAUGACAAUAUCACCAUUGAUACAGUCUGCCACGUGCGGUCUCAGAAGCUGCAUGGCCUGGUCCUGGAGGAUUACAACAACAGCAAAUGUGAGAUGAAAGAAAUAAAGGGCAUGGGCUCAGAGUUCUUCAUCUGUUCCUGCUCUGAGGACGAGUGCAAUGAGAUCAUCUUCUUUAACUCCUACAUGGAUUCCCAGGUGGUGGCGGUCAUCUUAGUGAGCCUGGUGCCUCUGCUGGUUAUGGCUGUCUUUGUCAUCACCUCCUUCUACUGUUAUCGGGUCUACCGCCAGCGGCAAGCCAGCUCCAAGCGCAGGAGGGGUCGUCCUCUGGACUUCAGCGACGCUCACGCCAUCAUGAUUGACGACGAGGGCUCCGACAGCAGCUCCACGCACGCCAACAACCUCAACCACAACACGGAGCUGCUGCCCAUCGAGCUGGACGUCCAGGUGGGAAAGGGACGCUUCGCAGAAGUUUACAAAGCCAAGCUGAAGCAGGGCUCCUCUGUCGGCGAGGAGCAGGGCUUCGAGACGGUGGCCAUUAAGAUUUUCCAGUACGAGGAGUACGCCUCCUGGAAGAACGAGAAGGAAAUCUUCUCAGACGCCGACUUGAGACACGAGAACGUGCUUCACUUCCUGACGGCAGAGGACAGAAAGGCUCAGAGGCAGUGCUGGCUGAUCACGGCCUACCAGCCACGAGGGAACCUCCAGGAGUUCUUGAUCCACCACAUCGUCAGCUGGCACGACCUGUGGCUGCUGGGGGGUUCGCUGGCGCAGGGAGUGGCGCACCUUCACAGUGACCACACCCUCUGCGGUCGCUACAAGGUGCCUAUCGCGCACAGGGACAUUAAGAGCUCCAACAUUCUCGUGAAAAGCGACCUGACCUGCUGCCUGUGUGACUUCGGCCUCGCCCUCCGCCUGGACAAUGCUCUGUCUGUGGAUGAGCUGGCCAACAGUGGACAGGUGGGCACAGCCAGGUACAUGGCCCCAGAGGUAUUGGAGUCCAGAAUCAACCUGGAAAACAUUGAGUCUUUCAAGCAGGCCGAUGUUUACUCCAUGGCUCUUGUGCUGUGGGAGAUCAUCUCCAGGUGCAGCGCAAUUGGAGAGGUGAAAGAGUACGAGCCACCCUUUGGAAACCUGAGGGAACACCCGUGUGUAGAGAGCAUGAAGGACAGUGUCCUCCGAGACAGAGGAAGACCUGAGAUCCCCAACAGCUGGAUAGACCACACAGGCAUCCAGAUGGUGUGCGCCUCCAUAGACGAGUGCUGGGACCACGACCCGGAGGCCCGUCUGACAGCCCAGUGUGUUGCAGAGCGCUUCAGCGACAUGGAGUACCUGGACAAGCUGUCGGAUCGCUCCGACUCAGAGGAGAAGCUCCCCGAGGAAAUCUUGAUGGUGGAUGAGAAGUAAGAGCUCAACAGAAACACUGCCCCCACCAGGGCGGCAGAGGAAUUACAGCCAAGCAUCUGGGAGCGAGAGAGAGAGAACUUCCAGUGGAUGUUCUCCAGUUCGCUAUGGGUCCGUCAGAAAUGUGUGACGGAGGAGCAAACUGGAAAAUCACGCCGAUGAAACAGAACUGAUACAGAGAUGGACUUCUAUAUACAGAUCAGAACCAGAAUGAAUACAAACAAGUGACUGACUUGAUUUGUUUUCUUUUACAUGCUUUAAAGACUGGAUCAAGUUAUAAACAAACAGGGAAAUUACAUUAUUAAGCUUUUUUUAAAUCAAAUGCUAUUUGCACUUUAUCAAUAUCUAUGCACACCAAAUGAUAUAUAUUCAGUGUCUUUUUUUAAAUAUAUUUGACAAUACAUUUCAGGUAUAGGAAAUAAAGUGACAGUUGUAUUUAGAAAAGAGGGUGAAAUGGAUCAAUGUAAUAUAUUAAGACGGUUAAUAACACUAAUAACCCACUUAUAGUUUCUUGACUGCAUACUUAAAUGUUUUCGUAGGUUGAAUGGUGUCAUUGGAUAUGUCUGCAGGACAGGUGCAAGUAGAAUUUCUUGUGGCAAGAAAUGGAAAUGACCCUGAACUAAAGACAGCAAAUCUAGCCUGAAAGGGAAAAAAAGGAAGAGUGUGUGUGUGUGUGUGUGUGUGUGUGUGUGUGUGUGUGUGUGUCUGUGUGUGUGUGUGUGUGUGUGUGUGUGUGUGUGUGUGUGUGUGUGUGUGUGUGUGUGUGUGUGUGUGUGUGUGUGUUUGCGUGAAGAGUCUGAGCUCAGUUGAUUAAUGAAACCAUGAGAAUAAAGGGAAUAGAGACAUUUCUAACUGACUCUAAACAGGAUGUUCCAGCUUGCUGCCUAUGUAUAUGCUAUAAAUGCUGAACUAUACAUUUUGUGAUAGGAAGGGGAAUUCUGCUCCCUCUGAUUAUGAUCUAUGUAAGUAUUUUUUUUACAAAAUUGUAAAGCCAUAAUUAAAAGUGUUACAGGUC